AUGCGUCAAGCUCGAGAUCAGAUUCUUGACCUCUGUAACGAGUGGAUCGUCGAAUGGAAACACCAGCCAGCACUGAUCUCCUCAACCACUCUUCUCGAUCAACUCCACUCUCUGGAUUCCCUGGUCGCGACGAAGACUGCUGCGUGGCACCCGCGCAGUAGUAAACUGGGCGUUGCGUGGUACCCGCGCAGCCCCACCAUCACCCCGGAGCUCCGUAGCGAGACUCCAUCUCUCUUCAUCUCUCGACAUCUCCCUUUAUCUCCCGGCAUCAAAGAUCUCCCGGCAUCAAAGAUCGCUGCGUGGCACCCGCGCAGCGACGACUCGACGCCGCGUCUCGCUCUGAGCUGCGUGGCAGCCAAAGCGCAAGCCCGCGAGCUAAGGCUAGCGUUUCAGUUGCGACUUUAUAGUGAAGACAAAGACAGACCACACCAACAGUACUUCACAGACGAAGUAGUCCAGCUGAUAGACCAAGUUACGAACAACCAACCAAGACCCUUCUUACCCACAUUUCCAGCAACUCCAUUCCGCUUUCCGCCUGAGUGGCUUCUGGAAAGCAGCCAGCCAAUCAAAAAAGCCAUACGCGACCUGCUGCGACUUCACAGAUACCUCCAACAGGAGCGGGCUACAGAGCGGCAACAGCCGGACACAGCCACCGCGGGACAACCCGCAACUCCCCAGCGGCCGCACCGCUCGCAAAGCCUUACGAGCACCGUGAGGCCAGCCGCGCCUCGGGCACACAAACGCGCCCGAUCACAAACCUCCGUAGCGAAAUACAGCCAGAGCCCAUCCCCAUCGCUCACUGAGUUUGGUCAUAGCAGCAUACCACCCGCUAUGCCAACCGGACGAGACGGGGAUACGGCACCGCCGCCCGGCACAUUCCCAGACUCGGCCCCACGCCCUCACCCCCAGCCGAGCAGGGAUGAACUAUCCAGACAAUUUAUGCAAGCGAUGGGAACAGUCCCGAUGGGGCAACGCCAACAGCGCAGGCAAGAUGACCGACAUCAGGAGCCCCCAGCUGAGAGGCACACCAGGGCGCAGACCACCGAGACAGAAGCUUCGGAAUCCGGAUUCUCGCCGCAGCAGAUGGCGACAUUGAUGGAGAUGAUGAGAACAUUGCAGGCAGAAGCUGCCACACCAGGCCCUCCCGGACCUCAAGGCAUCCCAGGCCGUAACGGGCUAGACGCGAUGGCACCGCCAGUGGUAAACACGUCGUGGAAAACGGACGAAAUCGGGUAUUUCGCUCCGAACAUCGAAAGCGAACUCCCAACACGUACGAUCCGAGGAACAACCUAUUAUAUGAACGUAUACGCAUUUCUCAACCAAUUGCGAAGCUUAAUCCCAUUGAAAACGGAACCCGUAGUACGCGCCAAUCUGCAAUCACUUCUGCUAGAUAGCGCGCAACGCUGGUACACAACAGACAUCUCGGAGCUAGCAAGAAUCGGUCUGCGUAGCGUAGACGUCAACCAUCCCGAAGGCUGGUUUGCCGCCCUCGAACGUCGAUUCAAGCCCCACGCUACGACAGCAACCAUGCAACUGCAGAACGCGAGCUACUCCUGGAAUGAUGUUCGGAACGCUCGACCGGCAUCAGCCUGGGCCCAGAACGUGCUGCGGAUGGCCCAAGCCGCAGGUUUCAACGAUACAACCCAACAGCUGCGCAUGAUCUGGGUGAAGAUUGAUCCCGCAUUGCAACGGGACGUGCCUGAGCCAACUGAGACAACCACAGUAGACAGCUUCAUGCAGCAGCUGGACCACCGGUACACACAAUGGCACGGCAUGAGCAUCGCCAGAGAAUCCUCCCGGAACCAACGCGGCUACCGACCAAGGCGAGGCCAGCAGCAACAGCCACAGUCACGCCAGCGAUACACGACGUAUCAGCGACCGCAUCAACAGCUGCAACAGCCAUACCAAGCUCAACCACAGCAGCAGCAGAGCUACCAAGCAGUCGCGGAUCGCCGAUCAUGGGGGAACUCCCAGGAUUAUAGCAGGUACAACAGCCCACAGCAGACCGGCUACCGACGAUUCAAUCAACAGCUGCAGCAAUCUGGCCCAGCACAACAACAACAACAGCGGUCAUACAACUAUAAUCCACAAAGCAGAAACUUUACCCAGAGAACCCCUCGGCAGCCCUGGAACCGGCCCAACACUGCACAAAGAGGCACCGCCUACUUUGCAGAAGGUGACGAACACACCGCUGCAUACGGACAAGAACCCGCAGCAGCACAUGACACCUACGGAGCACCAAUCCAAGACGUUGCCCCCGAAGCGGCACAGAACAAUGGCUACCCAAACGACCACUUCGAAGCGUAUCCCUACGAAGACAUGGGCCCCGCUUACGAUGAGUAUGAUGCAGACACAUACGACGAUCACGGCGGUUACGACGACGAUCCGGGUAUAGAUGCAUUCUUUGCCCAGCCUCCUUUUCGGAGGGCGGCCACUCGUUUGACGGGCGAGUGGGCUACCGCACCCCUUUCUAAUUCAAUCGUCCGUUGCCAGCAGUGCGGUGCAGAAUUCGAAUCCAGGAAUAAGCUAUUCCGACACCUGCCCGACUGUAGUGGCAAGGCAGCCACGGAGCCCGCUGCAUUCCAAGCCACCGCCGGUGAGGGUAGUGAGCCUGAAGAACAAGAACCCAAGCCAAUCAUUGAAUCCAACAUCAAGACAAAAGAACCCCCAGGUGCAGCCUUCCGGCCAUGGCGCUACGUCAGCGCUACCGCAGGAGUUGGCUCCCCCGAACGCAAAAUUUCAAUCUGCAUCGACACAGGAUGCGGCAUCACACUAAUCGACGCCUCGCUAGCCGACACUCUCGGCCUGCAGAAGCGACCGAACCCACCUAUCUCCGUAUCAGGACUAGGUUCGAAACAUUCAUCCACCAAUUAUAUCAAACUACCCAUCUUCUUCGAGGGCACAGAGAACACAGCCAAACUGAACAUCGAAGCGCACCUAGUGGAUAACCUCAGAGCCAACCUACUGAUCGGCUCCGACGUGGCCGGACCAGAAGGUUUCAGAAUCGACCUGGAAACAAAGCAAAUCCGCAUAGCAUCCUGUAUGGGAGUCACUUUCCCAGUCGCAAUUCACGCGAAGCCGAACCAUAAGCAACAUAGGGACGUCUACAACGCAACGGCUGUCAGAAUACCCCCGUACUCCAACUUCCGAAUACCAAUAGCCACCGAAGAACUGCCACAAGAUCGGGAAUAUAUCUUUCAAGGAAGCUACCCAAACAUCAGUCUCUACUCCCACAUAGUAGACGCCAACUUCGGCUGGGUACAAGGAGUCAACCAUUCCAACAAAUGGUAUACGAUCCCGAAGAAGGCCUGGAUAGGUGACCUUACGGAGAGCGACGCGACACAUGCAUUCCAAGUCGCACCGGAGGUCGCGGAGCUUGCCCGAUCAGAGCCAAACAACCCCGAUCACGGGUCCGGAGCCACCUACGCGCAGAACGAGACGCGACUACCGAACGGAGUCACGAUUUUCGGGAGUAACAAGACAGCCAACGACAAAGCAGUCGCAGCGCUAGCCGAAGUCUGUGACCAGUACAACGUCUGGGGAGCAGAUGGCAAUAGCGGACUAGUCGACAUACCUUCAGAUCGCUGGAUGGAAAUUCCGCUGCAGGAAGGAUGGCAGGGUAAACUACCCAAGCCACGCACAUACCCGCUCGGCGCGGCAGACCGCGCACUAGUCGACGAGCAAUUCGACAAACUGCACGCGGAAGGAAAGAUGUCAUGGGCGGAACACCAUACACCAACAGGCUUCCCCGUCUUCGUGGCAUACCGGACAACCUGGAAGGAUGGCGCUCCAGUACGGAAAGGAAGACCCGUCGUCGAUAUCCGCGGAUUGAACAAGAUCACGAUCCCGGAUAUAUACCCGGUACGCAGCCAAAGCGAAGUCAUUCACAUGUGUUCCGGGAAAAAGUUCAUUACAGUUCUUGACGCGAAGAGUUUCUUCUACCAAUGGCGGAUCAAACCGCAACACCGCCAGCGAAUGGCAGUGAUCAGCCACCGCGGACAGGAGAUUUUCAACGUUGCAAUCAUGGGUUAUCGGAAUUCUGUCGCAUACGUUCAAAGACAAAUGGACCUUAUCCUCAAGGAUUUCGCGGGAUGGUGUAAGACAUAUAUGGACGACAUUGUCGUUGCAUCACCGACAUUGGAAGAGCAUAUCUCCCACCUCCACCAGCUAUUCCGACGCCUAGAGAGCUACAAUAUCAAGCUCGAACCGAAAAAAGCAUACAUCGGCUUUCCAGAAGUCGCUCUACUCGGGCAGCGAGUAGAUGCGCUAGGCAUGUCGACACCGGAAGAGAAGCUCAAAGCGGUAGCAGACCUCCAAUUCCCAGACACGCUGCAGAAACUCGAAACAUACCUCGGAAUGACAGGAGACCUCCGCCAUAUCAUCCCAUGGUACGCCCAGAAAGCACAACCACUACAGAUACGGAAGACAGCGCUACUGCGUGGUAGCCCUCUAGCGGGGCGACCGCGGCAAGAAUGGGCAAAGAGGACGCGAUACGGCAAUCCGACCGACGAAGAGCUUCAGUCCUUCCAAAUCCUUCAGGACAACUUCCGAGCACGCUCAUCGUCAUCAGACGCCGAUAGCAAACUGGCACAUUGGGACGGUAGCAGACAAGCAUACAUCGACGUCGAUGCAUCACAACAGACAGGAUUCGGGGUAGUUAUCUACCACGCCAAGAAGGAGUAUCAGGAAAAGGACCCAUCCAAGCCACCACCGGCAGCAGCCACGGAACCCAUCAUGUUCCUGAGUAGGCUGCUAACACCAGCAGAAAAGAACUACUGGGCCACCGAACUGGAAGUGAGCUGUAUCACAUGGACGAUUAAAAAAGUCCGACACCUGAUAGAAACAGCGCACAAGCCGGUCAUCUUCUACACUGAUCACUCCGCAACAAUCGCAGUCGCCACCUCGUUGAAAACCUCAUCCACGGAACGAUUGAACCUCCGUCUAGUGCGAGCAUCGAUGUAUAUGCAGCAAUUCCCCAUCAAGAUCUUCCACAGACCAGGGAAGACAAAUAGGAUUGCAGACGCAUUAUCAAGACUGCCAAGCACCUCGCCGACGCCGGCGAAAGAGGACGACGACUUAGAGGCACUAACUGCGACAGCCGACCCUUACACAUCAUUCACCGACCCUUGUGCGGCGGCUGCCGACCCUCGCAGCAUACCGCAAACGGAUAGCCCUGACCGCGACCCAGCGACCUAUGCGUUACAAACCACGGCGAUCCAGCUCAGCGAUGAAUUCCAGACAAAGGUCAGAGAAGGCUAUGAAAACGAUCAACGUUGGAGAACGGUCAUACAAGAACUCGCAACCAAUGAAGAGGAAUCAGAUCCGAUGGUGGCAAAGCUACCAUACACCAUGGAAGACGGUCUACUGUAUUCGAUACAGGAGGACGGCAGUCACUGGCUAUGUAUCCCGCGCACAUUGCGGAAAGACAUAUUCCAGUUGGUCCAUGAUGACCAGGGCCAUCAAGGCUUCGAGCGCUGCAGAGCAAAGAUGGCAGGCCUGGUAAUUUACCGCGGGAUGUAUGAGCUGAAGACAUACAUCAGGCACUGUCCCGCAUGCCUCCGCAACAACGUAAGGAGACACCGACCAUACGGCACACUGCAGCCAAUCAUCUCUCCACCGAUACCCUGCCAUACAAUCUGUAUCGAUUUCAUCACAGGGUUGCCGACAUCCAAAGAAGGAUUCGAUGCGGUAGCCUCUCUGACCUGCAAAUUCUCUAAGCGCCUAGGAGCGGUUCCCGGAAAAUCGACAUGGACAAGCAAGGAAUGGGCCCUAGCAGUGCUAGCCUUCUUGCAAGCAGCAGACUGGGGUAUCCCGACGGUGUGGAUCAGCGACCGCGAUCCUAAAUUCACCAAAGGAUUCUGGAAAGCUAUGUUCACCGCAUUGCGAGUCUCACUGUUCUACACUGCAGCCUAUCACGCUCAAGCGGAUGGCCAGAGCGAAAGAACGAACCAGACAGCAGAGAUUUGGCUUCGCCACUACUGCGCUCUCCAUCGCGCAGCAGACUGGCCGAACGGUCUACCAGGACUAAUCGCAGCGAUGAACAGCUCAGUAUCAGCAGCUACGCACGAGACACCACACAAGCUUCUAUUUGGCGUGAACCUCCGAAUGCCAUGGAACCUACUGCAGACAGCCCUGAGCGGACAGCAACAAGACACCUCAGCUCGCCAGGACGCUGCCGAAUGCCUAAAGUACGCAGCCAUCAAGAUGAAGGAGUACUACGACCGCACCCACUUACCAAAACACUUCGUGGUAGGCGACAAAGUAUUACUCCGGCUAUGGAAAGGCUACAAUAUUCCCAUCAAUGACGCAUACACCAAGAAGUUAGGACAACAGUACGCUGGGUGCUUCACAGUACUGGAACGCGUCGGACGGCUUGCAUACCGGAUCGACAUUCCCGCAGCGUGGAAAAUACAUCCAGUGAUCAGUGUCGAACACCUAGAACCGGCACCAAGCCCGGACCCAUUCGACAGAGAAGCCGCAGCACCGGAAGCCACAAACGAUGAACGCUUCCCAGACGACACCGACCGCCACGAAGUUGAACGCGUGCUUGAUUCACGAACGCGCCGCGCGGGCAGAUACAGAACUCCCCGCACAGACUACCUGAUACAGUGGCGCGGUCAGUCAAGGGAGGAAGCUGAAUGGGUCAAAGAGAGAGACGCAGUAGGGGCGGAGGAAGCAAUCGAGGAAUUCAAUCGCCAGAGACAGUAA